CGUACGAGUUCUCACUGAAAAAUAAAGGUUAUGGCUACCGCCGAUACAGCUACUGAGUAUUACGGCAAGCCGCCGAAAAGUCUGGAUCUAAGUGGAAAUAUUAGCGAAAACUGGCGUAAAUUUAAACAGAGUUUUGAUAUUUUCCUAAAGGCGUCUGGUAGUAUCAGAAAACCGGAUGAGAUAAAAGUUGCCAUACUACUAAAUAUUGUCGGUGAAGAUGGCAUUGAGCUGUACAAUACGUUCAAUCUACAAGAGGCAGAGAGGAACAAUUUGGCAAAGGUAUUGCAAUGCUUCGAAGAGUAUUGUGUUCCCAAGAAGAACAUCGUGUACGAAACUUUCAAGUUCUCCAGUAGAAUGCAACAGGAAGGUGAAAAAUUUGAUAGCUUUCUGGCAGAAAUAAAGAAGCUCAGUCAGACAUGUGAAUUUGGAACAAUGGCUGACAGGAUGGUCCGAGAUAGGAUUGUUCUGGGAAUAAAAGACAAGGUGCUACAGGAGAGGCUACUGAGGGUAGAAGAUCUCAAUUUGCAAAAAGCAAUUGACUACUGCAGAGCUGCUGAAGUAUCCAAGGACCAAGCAAAAAGUCUACAGGGAGACAAAGCAGAAAUAGACAGUAUACGCAAGAAGGUACAGCAGAAGUCCAGUAAAUUCAAAGGCAAGGACGCAGCAACAAAAUUUGACUGUAGGAGAUGCGGAACAAACCAUGGUCCACGAGAAUGUCCAGCGUAUGGAAAGAAAUGCAAGAAGUGCGGUAAAUUAAAUCAUUAUGCGAUUGGUUGUAAAGUUAAAAAGAUAAAGGAGCUUACAGAGCAAACUAAUGUACAGUCUGAGUCAAAAGAUAGUUCAUUUUGUAUUGAUCAAGUAGAAAUUGGUAAUAUUAAUUCUAGAUGGUUUGAAAUGAUUCAAAUAAAUAACAGUAUUGUUAAAUUCAAGUUAGACACAGGAGCGGAUGUAAAUGUUUUACCGUUAAAAAUAUAUAAUAAAGUUAAAAAGUCAAAAGUUAAAUUAGAAUCUGCUAGUAUAAUUUUAGAAAGUUUUGGUGGUAAGAUAAAACCGCUAGGAAUAGCUGAACUGUUAUGUACUAUUAAAGAUGUAACAAAAAAACAAAAGUUUGUAAUUGUUAGAGAAGAUACAAUGCCACUGUUAGGUUUAUGCACAUGCCGAGAAUUUAAUUAAAUUAAAAGAAUACACAUGCU